AUGAUGCUGCGCUAUUCGAUCUAUAUACUAACUUUGCUUCUCAGUGUUACCUCUCUUUGUGUGGGGGCUGAAGAGGCUAAGGGUGCAGGUGAUGUUCCUGAUACUGAAUCUGACGCUAAGCUUAUUCUUACUGACCAAGAGGAAAUGAUACAGCCCCUUCCUCCAGGUGAACAUGGUCUUUCUGGUCUUGCUGGUAAAGAAGGUCCUCCUGGUACUCCUUGCACUGCUGGUUCUCCUUCUGGACCUCCUUGUCGUCCUGGUAGUGGUAGUAGUAGUGGUCAUCCUUCUCCUAUUCUUGAAGCUAAAUCACCUACUUUUAUUCAUUCAUCUCAACAAGCGGAAAAAGAAGGUGGUGAAGAUGGUCGUAUUCAUGAACCUGCAGCAGUAGCUGAAGAUGGGGAUGUGAGUGGUCAACGAACUUUACAGCAGGCCGGCCAAAAAGGAAAUACUCAACAACAACAAAUUCAACCACCUCCUGCCUCUCUACCUACAGCAGCCAAUGGUGCUCGCAGUGGGUCAGACCUGAAUCAAAAUCGUGAAAAAGCGCAGAAUCAAGAUCAAACAAGUCACGGUGAUGAAAGUGGUUCAGCACUAGCAAAAAAUGUGCAAACUCUUGUACAGGGUGGAAACGUAAAUGAGAACUCACAAAAGAAUCCAGAGGAGCAGCACACCACGCACUCUUCUGGUAGACCAAAUGGAAUCUCUGAAACUUCGCAGAGCUUCAGUCCUCAUUUACAGGAAUCAUCGUCUGCAGGCACACAUGAAAACCAACAGGAACUGAAUGUUAACACGGAUAGUUCCAAAGGUGAAAAUACAACUAACCAGGGAGAUACAGAUUCACAAUCUGCUUCAACAUCUACUGAACCUCCUGCCACAUCUUCACCACAGGAUGCGGAAGAAACAACAACCUCUACAACUGCAAAUGCAGAUAACGACACCACACCCAGUGAGGGAUCACCCACCACCACCACAACAACAACACUUCCUCCUGAACUCACAAACAACAAGAAGGGUGAUGCAGACAGCAGCAGCAGUAGUAUCAGCAGCUCUGUGUGGGUGCGUGUACCACUACUGAUUGUGGUUACACUGUCCUGUAUUCUUGUGUGCUGA